GGAGCUCGUUGAGCGUCGUCUUACAAGCAUCUUUUAAGGUGCUGAGAAUAGCGGGUGUGGUUAAUUAAGGUUUGCCUGUUUGAAAUGGCUGGAAACGGCACUAAAACUGAGGAUGACGUUAAAGAGACCCUGCGAGUCAUGAAACUUGUGGGAUACACUGUUGUAUUUGCAGCCGGGUUUUUGUUGAAYGUGCUCCUGCUCUUGGCCGUGACGAGAAAAAGACUUCGACACAAAAACACAUCCAAGACAUUUAUAAUCAUAAUGCAAAAUCUCGGAGUGGCCGACAUUUUGCUGCUAGUGUCGACUAUACCUUUUGACGCUGCUUGGCACGAGGUGCAAGAAUACCCGUACGGUGCUGGGAUGUGCAAGUUCUUAUGGCCUUUCCAAACUGCAUGCUUUCAGGCCAUUGUGUUCACUUAUGUCAUUCUUAGCUUUCAUCGUACCUAUGGUGUUAAAACAAGGCUGUUUGGACAAAUGAAAAGUGUGUACGGAUAUUUGGUGGUUCUGAUCGUAUGGAUUGCMAGUUUUGCCACUGUUAUACCAUAUAUGGUAUUYCUAAAGCAUACUUCAGGCAAGGUGGAUUCUUGUGAUGAAGAUUGGGAACAAAUUGAGCACAGACAGACAUAUACUGUAUUCCUAUUCCUACUACAGUAUCUUAUCCCACUAUUGGUAAUGUCAGUCUUGUAUUUCAUCACAUUGAGRGAACUGAAAGCUUACAGCUCCCGACAAGAUACAAUGGUUGCACACCGCGCCAAUCGACAUGGCCGCGUGAAUCUUAUGCUGAUUGCAUAUCUUGUCAUGUUUGCUAUUUUGCUACUCCCUCAUCAGAUCAUGUGGUUCAUGCUUGAUUUCGGUAAUGGUGCAAAUGAAAAGUACUUUUUUGACGUUCUGAAUUUUCUGUAUGUUUUCACAUAUGCCAUCACUGUGACAAAUGCUAUUUUGUUCUUCAUGUUCAACGAUGAGUUUAAGUCCGAUAUGUGGUACUUUUUGAGGUGUUACUGUUGUCGUCAUGAUCCUUACAGUGUAGAGGAUGACGUCUCUGAGUCUUUUUCUGUCGAGCGACAUCCCAAUCAAGAUGGCACAGAAAACGGAGACGUUUGUUUGGAGCCGUACAAGAACCAGCARCACACACCACAURUCAGAGAAGCACAAUACAACCCCGCGUCUUCAAUGGAAAUAUAGCUUUCAUAGCUCAUCAGUUUACCAGUUAGAUACGUAUUUUUAUGAGGGUAUAUAUGUAAUAAGCUAUUUAAAAAAUGUUAAUUGUUCCUGUCAGUCUGAAUGGUGCAGUAAGAAACGCUGCUUUCCAGUAACCAAGGGGUACGACAUAGCUCUGCUCAUCGUACUCAUUACACCUUCUAUAAUCCUGAUUUGAAUGACAAUCCAAAAACACGGCCAAAAUCGCAGAAGAGUGAAUAGUCUAUGCAUAUCGAUGAAUACCUAACAUUUCAAAAAGUCCAACCUAAGACACAUAAAAUCAUGCCUGUAGGGUGGUAGAUGUUGGUAGAGUUCGGAAACACCACCAGACCGACAUCCUUUUACUGUGUUUUGUAGAUUGUUUAUUGUAUGUGAUAUGUGAGUUUUUAU